GUCCUAGAACCGGGAGACAGCCACAGCAUCAAAACUUACAAAGACAGAGUAAAGCAGAGACAGGGAGAGGAUUGAGGAGGAUGGCAGCAACAACAACAAGAGCAAAGCCUGAGGCACCAAAGAUAGUGUGGAAUGAGAAAGACCGAAAAUUUGAGACAGAGGAUAAAGAAGCAUACUUGCAGUACCAGCUCAGAAAUGGGGGAAAAGUUAUGGACAUCAUCCAUACUUAUGUUCCUUCUAGCAAGAGGGGUUUAGGCCUUGCUGGCCACCUCUGUGUGGCUGCUUUCUCUCAUGCUCAAUCCAAUUCUCUUUCAGUCAUUCCCACCUGCUCUUAUGUCUCCGAUACUUUCCUUCCCCGAAACUCAUCAUGGGAUUCUGUUGUGUACAAAGAAGAGCUCAAGUCUUCUAUAUGAAGUUGAUGCUACGGUGAAAAAUCACCUACUUGAUCUUUCAAAGAAAACUUGAAAUAAAAUUGUCAUACUUCUAUCAGCUUAUAGCUCUUUUUCCUGGCAUACAGUCAACGUCCUAUAUAUUGAAUGUUAUACUGCUUUACCUCUUUUCAGCAGAAGUUCUUCAGCAGUUUCUUCAGUCAUACUGUUCUUGCUGUGAUGAUUGUUUCACCUUUCCAUUCCCACGACAGAACAAGUUCACUGCUUCAGUUGCAGUGAGCAGUUUUAGAUGUUGUUAGUGCAGCAACUGAAUUAUGGAAUCUCUCUCUCUCUCUCUCUCUAAAAUGUUUAAUUUCUUCUUUUCUUUUUGAAAACUGUUUUAAAUUACAGAAAGUUGAGAUGUCUAAUCAGGUAAAGAGUAAAAUUGUGCAAAACAUCUUAAUCUCUGGAAUAAUCUGUGAAUGUUGUAUAACA